CAACUCCACUACAAAAAGCGUAGGAGAAGGAGAGACACAGGGAGAGAAAGAGAAUAACGCUUUAGGGGUCAAUGUUUGGGAGGACCAAUCAUAUUGGAGCAAAAAUAGCAUAAUCCCAGAAAUAAGCAACAAAUGUCCCCGGGAUUCUGACACUGCCAUGUUUGGGCGUGUUGCUUCGAAGAAAUCGGCUGGCUACAUUCGCAACCAAGGGGAGUUCAAAAACCCCAUAACUCACGCAGAACACACCAACGACUUUGGUGGAGCCAGCGGGGAGAGACAACCGUCAGCCAAUCCCCAGAAGGCUCAUUAUAGCCAGCAAGGUGGCUUCAACCCAAUUACAGG